CCCACUCUAUGAUCUAAUGGCUCAUUUAACGAAACCUGCUAUCUACGACAUCAAAGACUCUAACAUUGCUCUAUUGGGCUCAGAUCUCGAAAAACGCGUUCGAGAACACGCAGGAGACACAGAAAGCGCGUGGACAGACGCUGGAACGUCCCUUGGUCUGCAAAUAUGGCGCAUUGAGAAGUUCCACCUAGUCCCCUGGCCAGCGGAUAGAGCAGGCUCUUUCUAUGAUGGCGAUUCCUAUAUCGUGCUACACACCUACAAGAAAACACCCAAAGCAGAAUCAUUCUCGUACGAUCUUCACUUCUGGCUAGGGGAAAACACGACUCAGGAUGAAGCCGGUACCGCUGCCUACAAGACGGUGGAGCUUGACGACCAUCUUCACGGAAAGCCGGUUCAAUAUCGAGAGGUCCAGGGAUACGAAACUCCUCGAUUUAUAUCCUACUUUCCCAAACUGGUCAUCUUAAAGGGCGGAGUCGCCACAGGAUUCCACCAUGUAUCCGCCCCUCCCCCCUUGAAUAUCAAGAAACUCUACCAGAUAACGCACACCCGCGUUUCAGAGGGUCGCUCGCAUCUUGUCGUUCGCGAGGUGGCCGCUCAAGCGGCCAGCCUUGUAGAAGGCGAUACAUACGUUCUCGAUAAAGGAUCUCAUAUCUUGCAGUUCAACACCAAGUCAAGUGUUGGCCAGGAAAAAUUUAGAGCUGCAGAGUUCGUGCAAUCACUGGUUAGCCAGCGCCAGAGCCAAUGCGAGGUCACCGUUUAUGAUGAGGGAAGUUCAGGCGCGGGAUCGUUCCUCGCUGAAUUUGGUCUGGGAACCCAACUCCGCCCUGUGGAGAUCAAGCCCGUUGGGCCUAUCGCCUUGUUCCUUCUCUCAGAUGCGUCGGGCAAGAUUGUUUUUAAAAAGAUAGCACAUGCGAACCGUGCGUCGCUUUCGUCUGAUGAUGUUUUCUUGGUGGACUUGUCGAGCAACGCCUAUCCUGCUAUUUAUAUCUGGAUCGGGAAGAAAGCGUCUUUGAACGAGAAACGUCUUGCCCUCCACUAUGCGCAAGUCUAUCUUCAUGAUAAGGCGAAAGAGUCAUCGAACAUCGUCGUGCCAGUCUCUAUACCCGUAAUAAAGAUGGAGGAGGGAAGUGAAACGGAAACUUUUGCGCAGGCCUUUGCUUAAAGAUAUGGGGAUGACACACAAUUGAGAAGACCUGCAAAUUUGAAGGGACAAAACUAGGAAGGAAUACAUUGGGAAUAUCACACAAAGAUCUACUGUCCAGCUGUACAAAUACAUGUAGGAAAUAUACCGUCUCUUUCAUUGAUACUUAC